CUGUUACAAAUGUCAUGCUUGGGUAGCGAAAACCUAACUUCAAAACGAUGAGGAGUCGAAACCCUUGCUUUCUCUGGGUGAUUGGAAGCUUAUUCAUGUGUCUUCCUAUACUAAUCUAUCUGGCGUCGAGAACAAAAGUGAUUCAUCAAAGCAAAGACAAAGAGGGAGAAAGAGAUCACCACGCUUUUGAUAUCAAAUACAUUGAAUUCUUCUCGGUAAGACCUUCACAGCUUGUUUACUUGGACAAGAAAGGCUAUCGUUUAGCGCUGGACUCUUCAGAUGAAUCCAACUACAUUGAAGCAAAAAGCGGUGUAAUAGACAAAACCAGUGAAAACUUCGACGCUAAAAGUAAUAGUUCAAAUGACAGCUCACAGGCGAGAUUUGUGAGCAAUGACAGUUUCAUGAAUGCUUAUGAAGAAAAUGAAGCUAAAGGUGACGCCGAGCGAGAUGAAAGUAUUGACUACAACAUGGGAUGGGAGGAGGUCCAAGAGGAACCUAAGAGAAUUCCUUGUGCCUCAAAGCGUCCAUUCGUGAACUUAGUGCUUUUAAGGACUCAUCGAACGGGGAGUGGAACACUUGCAAACAUUUUAUACAGAUAUGGCGACUUGAACGGCCUGGAUUUUGCUCUUCCUAAACAGAAAAGCUACGAUUUUUAUUGGCCGCUACACUUUAAUCCAAGCUACGUGGAUAAAAAGUACCUGAAUUCGACAGCCCCAAACUUACUCAUAAAUGCUAGAUACAGCCCUGAUACAAUACCAUCCUUCAUGCCAGAGGACUCGUACUACAUCGCAAUCAUAAGGAAGCCAACGAGUCAUUUUGAGUCUGUCUUUUACGGAUAUCAAAUUGACGAUUUACUCGGCAUGAACAACUAUAGCGACCCAUUUGAUGCAUUUUUGACCAAACCCAAGCAGUAUCUGUUACAGUAUCUUCAUCAGGAGCCACGAUUUGAUAUCAACAUUAACAUGGUAAAGAAUGGACAAACGUUCGACCUUGGCCUUCAGCACAAAUAUUACAACGACCCAGUGAUGAUAAAAAAGCACAUUAGUGACCUGGCCGAGAAAAUAAACUUAGUGCUUCUCAUGGAGUAUUUUGACGAAUCUCUCGUUUUACUCAAAAGAGAACUCUGCUGGGAUUUAGAUGAUGUUGUUUAUUUCAAACUGAAUCAAAGAUCUCCUGAAUACAAAGAGACAAACAUAACGGAUCAGCAACAGAUGCGAAUUGAUGAAUGGAAUAAUGCUGAUGUUGCCUUAUACGACUUUUUUAACAAGACAUUCUGGAAUAAAAUUUCCGCGCAAGACCAAACCUUUUAUCAAGAAGUUGAUAAGCUACGUGCCAAAGUGAGGAGCCUGGAGAAGGAAUGUAUUCACUCACUUGAAACGAACCGUGAUACAGGAGAAGUAGAAAUCAGACUAAAUGAGCAUACGAUUCCGGACAUGAGCAGAUAUUUGUGUGAGAAAAUGACUCUGAAAGAGGAGAGUUAUAUUUCAUAUCUGAGGAAGAAAUAUAAUCUGAAGUUCAAGGAUUACAACGAGCGUUUAAGAAACUGGUUUUAUGAAAAGUUGAAUAAGACAAGACUUGACUUGUAAAUAAUGACGGUAAUCACUUCGUAUCCUAAUAUUACCACAAAUAUGUUGUAAAUGUAAUAGAGCGUUUUUUGUAACAUACAUGAAGCAAAGCAAAUAUUUUGUAUUUAGAGAAACCAGCCCGACUACAGUAUGCAUGAUAACUAUUUUUUUAUGGUCCUCGACUUUGUCUGGGCUAUAAAAAUGCAAAAAAGAACUUGGCCAAAAUCCAGCCAUCUUGACCUCAUGCUUGGUUAAUAACGUAAAUAUUAUGUCCCCCACCGCCAUCUACUUCUCUCCUUCUUUCCCCUCCCUUUCCUAGGACCAGCUUAUUUCUCUUCUACUUUGACUUCGCAGUCUGCCAUCUUUAAUAUCUUGUCGUUGUUAGGAUACAUUUUUCAGGAACAACCUUGGAAACUUGUCAACAUUGCUUUCAUAACGGCUUUGAACAUUGUAUUGUUUCUUGACGACAAAC